UCACGUCACCAUUAACUUGGAGGCCCCUUCAGCCUCACCUCUCUUUCCCCUGCUCCAGACCCUCAGAUCCGGGCCCACCUAAACUCCGCAGCCCUGUGGGGACGCCUGGUGAGGAGAUGCUGACAGAGCUGGGGUCCUGUCUGCUGCUGGCCGUGGCACUGCUAGACCCAGGCCCCAGGGCCCAGGCCAUGAAAGGUGUCAAGUGUGGGGGUGUGCUCUCAGCACCUUCUGGAAACUUCUCCAGCCCUAACUUCCCGAGUCUGUACCCCUACAACACGGAAUGCAGCUGGCUGAUUGUGGUGGCCGAGGGGUCCUCUGUGCUGCUCACUUUCCACACCUUUGACCUGGAAUACCAUGACACCUGUGGCUUUGACUUCCUGGAGAUCUACAACGGAGCCUCUGGAGACAAGGGCAACCUACUGGGGAGGUUCUGUGGCCGGGUGCCCCCGCCACCCUUCACCUCCUCCUGGCAUGUCAUGGCUGUCGUCUUCCAUUCAGACAAGCAUGUGGCCAGCCGUGGCUUUUCUGCAGGCUAUCAGAAAGAUGUGUGCGGUGGUGUCCUGACCGGCCUAUCGGGGGUCCUCACCAGCCCUGAGUACCCCAACAACUACCCCAACAACGCUGAAUGCCACUGGGUGAUCCGGGCCACCGGGCCCACUACCAUCAAGCUGGUGUUUGUGGACUUCCAGGUGGAGGGCAGCAAGGAGUGCACCUAUGACUACGUGGCUGUGCUGGGGGGACCUGGGCCCGUCCAAGGGCACCAUUUCUGUGGUGGCACCAGGCCCCCCACCCUUGUGUCACUGGGCCAUGAGCUGCAGGUGGUCUUCAAGUCCGACUUUAACAUUGGAGGCCGGGGCUUCAAGGCCCACUACUUCUCAGGAGAAUGCCAAGAGGUAUACAUGGCUGUGCGGGGCAACUUCUCCAGCCCCCAGUACCCCAGUUCCUACCCCAACAAUAUCCGGUGCCACUGGACCAUCCGCCUGCCUCCUGGCUACCGGGUCAAGGUGUUCUUCCUGGAUCUGGACCUGGAGGAACCCAACAGCCUGACCAGGACCUGUGACUUCGACCAUCUGGCAGCCUUUGAUGGGGCCAAUGAGGAGGCACCCCUUCUGGGAAAUUGGUGUGGUCACCAUCUGCCACCACCCAUCACCUCAAGCCACAACCAGCUCCUGCUUCUGCUGCACACGGACCGCAGCAGCACCGGCAGGGGCUUCUCUGUGGCCUACAUUGGAGUGGUGCCCAUGAACGUGAGCUGCUCACGUACGGACUUCCAGAUCCUGAUCUCUGCGCAGGCGCUGGCCCCACUGGAGCGGACCAAGGUCUACCUGGGCAGCAGAAACUGUGCUGCCCAGGAGGUCGACAACAACUUUCGGAUCCAGGCCCGCUUCGACACCUGUGGCACUGAGUCUCAGAGGAGAAACAACACCUCAGUGAUCGUCAGUGUGCUGUACAUCGACUUCUCGGUCCCUGGGCGGGAGGACAUCCAUGAGUACGAGGUCCGCUGUGAGCCGCGGCGCAAGGAGGCUUCUGUCCACCUGCUGUCUGGCUCCGACUGGCUUGGGCCUUAUGCUGCCACUGCAGAGCACCUUCAGGAGGCACCCCCCAGGGAUGAGGCGGAGGCUCUGGAGGGCCCAGUGACCGUGGUGGCCCAGGACACCAGUGACAUCGUGUUCCUGGGCCUUUGCAUCCUGGCUGGAGUCCUCAUGGUUACUGCUAUCGUGGUCCUGAUGCUGCUGUGAGCAGGCAGGGCAGGGGCCUGCGUCUGGCAUCCUUGGGAGGCAGCUUGGGGACCCGCAACACAGCCAGAUGGCUGACUUGUUAUGAGAAGUCAGGUCCCUCUGAGCCUCCACUUCCUAGGGACCACCACUCUGCCUCGCUGUCUCAUGGGGCUCGGGUGAGGCUCAGAACAUGAAUGGAUGAGGGUUUUGUAAACUGUAGCCUGCCACGCUUGUGGGCACAAUCAUGGUUAUGAUUAAGGUUAAAGACAAUCUGCUCCAAGGACUCUUCCGUGUGUGUUCCUUGUCAACUUGGACAGCUGUGGUCACGUGGUAGCGGGGAUACCAUGGAUACAUUCUCUAACUUGCAUAAGUACUUCGCCAUCCCGGGGCACCAUUCAUUGCUCACCCCAAGUCUUCACUAGGAGGGACUUAGCAUCUGUCCAGGGUCUCCACCCUCCUGAACUGACCAGGUACCUCGAGGACCUCCUCUAACGCAAGCCAGCUCUGCUGCCAGAUCUCAGGGACAGGGAGGGAGCCGAAACCCCAUCUCAUGCUGUUGUUUCAGCCCCUGCCACAGGGUGGUGGUUAAAGACAGGUCCUGCACCUCCUCCUGGAUGCUGGUCAACCAAAGUGGCGAUGGCCUGCUGGGUCAGAGCCCUAUGGAAACCACAGAUAGACCCUGUUCUGGGCUCAGGAGGAUCACAGGAUGGAGAAAGAGGACAGGUGCUAAUUUGUCAUGUUGGAGUUUUUCCUUAAGCGUCUUGUGCUCUUCCACCAAAAAGCUCAUUGAAGUCCCAUGUGUGUCUGUCCUGGUCCCUAAUGCUGAGCUCAGAGCACCAGUCCAUCUUGUCCUCAGAUGAGUUCUCCUGUGGACCUCUGCACCUUGUCUUUGGGCUUCUCGCAGAGCCUCUCUGCUUCAUAUUAAACUUAGAAGAUGUAAACUUUUUCUUAGUUUUCAUCACAGGGGUUAGA